GUGUGUGGAGCCCGUGUCAUGUGCUGUUUAAAUUGUGGAAUAAAUUAAAGGUAAAUCGAUUUAAAGGUUACUUGUCCGUUUCUUUGUAGAGUUUAUUCAUAGAUAGCAUACAUUUUUAUAUAGAAAACGGUUAGUGAUGCUUUGAACAGUCCUCAUCAUGUCGCAUGCCGAAGUGGAAAUUCCUGGACGUGGUUUUCCAGGUUUACCUGUUGAAUUAGAGGACGACUGUCUCUCCAGAGUGCCAAUGCUGCGGACGCACUCCCUGAGCGCGAGACGCAACUCAUACGUGCUUCAUAAACUCAGUGUGGAUAUUGACGCACAAAUAUACAACGAGACGCUCUCCAAGGCGCUUUCGUGGUCAGCUGAAAACGUAUUACUAUCAGAGAGAAGGACAGAGGACGAUAAAACAGAUCCCAGUUCGCCAUCUCCAGUGUGCAGCCCAGAGGCUUCAAACCCAAUCCCCAGUUCAGCACCACCAGAGGACUGGAGAAGCUCUGUCCCUGACCCCAAUGCCCAGGAUGCCAGUUCAGAUUCGGACAAUGAGGUGUCCAAAGUCGAGCAGGUGGUUGCACGCCGCCCGUUUGUAAGCAGACUGGAACUGGAUGAGAAAGAGGACAUUGAGACCAAAGCUGUGGCCACCUCGCCGGACGGAAGAUAUCUCAAGUUCAACAUUGAAAUAGGGAGAGGGUCAUUCAAGACGGUCUACAAGGGUCUGGACACGGAGACCACAGUGGAGGUGGCAUGGUGCGAGUUACAGACUCGCAAACUGACCAAAGUGGAGCGACAGCGCUUCAGCGAGGAGGUUGAAAUGCUAAAGGGUCUUCAGCACCCGAACAUUGUGCGCUUUUAUGACUCCUGGAAGUCCACUGUGAAAGGUCACAAAUGUAUACUGCUGGUCACUGAGCUCAUGACCUCUGGCACUCUCAAAACGUAUCUAAAGCGUUUUAAGGAGAUGAAACUAAAACUUCUCCAGAGGUGGAGUCGUCAGAUCCUGAAAGGUCUUCAUUUCCUGCACACUCGUACCCCUCCCAUCAUCCAUAGGGACUUGAAGUGCGACAAUAUCUUUAUCACAGGUCCUACAGGAAGUGUGAAAAUCGGGGACCUUGGAUUGGCUACUCUUAAGAGAGCAAGUUUUGCAAAGAGUGUAAUAGGAACUCCAGAGUUUAUGGCUCCAGAAAUGUAUGAGGAGAAGUACGACGAGGCGGUGGAUGUCUAUGCGUUUGGCAUGUGCAUCUUGGAGAUGACCACAUCCGAAUACCCAUACUCAGAGUGCCAAAAUGCAGCCCAGAUCUACCGCAAAGUUACCAGCGGUAUAAAGCCAGACAGUUUCUACAAGGUUAAAGUUCCUGAGUUAAAGGAAAUCAUUGAAGGCUGCAUCCGCAUGAACAAAGAUGAAAGGUAUACCAUUCAAGACUUGCUGGAGCACACAUUCUUCCUAGAGCACAACGGCGUUCAUGUUGAAUUGGCUGAGGAAGAUGAUAUGGUAAAAUCCAGCCUGAAGCUCUGGCUCCGCAUGGACGACACCAAGAAGCUCCAUGGAAAGUAUAAGGACAACAACGCCAUCGAGUUCCUGUUCGAACUCUACAAAGACGUGCCAGAGGAGGUUGCACAAGAGAUGGUGAUUCUUGGAUUUGUUUGUGAGGCCGACUACAAGCUUGUUGCCAAGGCAAUGCGAGAUCGCGUGAUGGCAAUCAAGCGCCAACGUGAGAAACAUCAGCGGUUGGCAGAUGAGCAGCAACAGAAGCAGAAACAGGAAAUGAUUGAGGAAGAGCCUGAGCCAUCCUCGCCCAAAUCCAAUGGUCGAAUGCUGGAGAACCCCGCCCCUUCCCCUGUGCAGGUCCUGCCCUCUCCUCUAAUACUGAAACCCAUGUGCUCUCCUGUUAUUGGCUCAACGGAUUCUGGGAUUAACGCGAGCUUCCCUCCAGAACCAGAGGAACCAGAGGCCGAUCAGCACUUCCACAUCCGCCAUACAAGCUGCUCCUCAACAACCUCUGACUGUGAGACUGAUGAAUAUCUCAGCCCUUCAUGUUUACAGGAUGGCACUGAGGUUUCACCCACAGAGGCCACGUCCAUUUCCACCCCACCAAUCCCAGCUCUCUGUUUCCCCUCAAGUAUUGCUGUCACUAAUGAAGCUGAGAGAAGGGUAUCUGGACUGCCUAGCGCUUUCUCCUCACCUGUGGACAGCUAUGCUUCAGAUGUGGCAUCAGGCAUGAGUGAUGGCUACGAGGGCCAAUCAGAGAGAAGGAGUAAGUCAGCUGCAAAACGGACAGCGGGGAAACUGUUUAGGAGGAGAGCUUGGUCCCGCCUACGCAUCACAGGACUGUCAGAUAAAGUAGACCGGGUGGUUGAGUGUCAGCUCCAGACCCAUAACAAUAAGAUGGUCACCUUCAAAUUUGAUCUUGAUGGCGACAACCCCGAAGACAUUGCUGCAGUCAUGGUGCAUAAUGAGUUCAUCUUGCCCUCAGAGAAGGAGGGUUUCAUUCAUCGCACUGGUGACAUCAUAAAACGGGCAGAGUCUCUAUUGAGGAAAGAUUCAUCAGGUCAUCAUGAAAAUUGUGGCGUCGCUCAUCCCCCUUACAUUAAUGCCGUCAAUUCCCUCUCUGGAUCCCAGCCAAACCUCCACAGCAGUCUGGCACGAACUCAUUCCUCUUCAUCGCUACCAGCAGAGUUUGGUCUGGGUGCUGGAGCAUGGGCCUCCCCUCCGGGAUUGAGUGGAGACAUUACCUCACCCGCACGCCCUCUCUUACGUUCACAGUCUUUCCAUAAUUCCCCAGGUUUGCCUCAUCAUCAUGUCCCUUCAGUCUAUCCUCCUGAUCCCAGAAUGCCUCAUUCCAAACUACCUCACGUUCAACAGUAUAUGCCUUCGUAUAUGAACAAUGCCACCCACUUCCCCUUCCCAUACCCACCUCAACCAGCCUCCCCCAAACCCACCCAUUCCCCUCUAUCCCAUAUUCAUGGCAAUACUUCCUUUUCCCUCUCCUCCCCUGUAUCCAACCCUGGCUCCCCCAGCCCCCACAGCUCAGAUGUCUCAAGCCCCAUAUCCGAUGUGAACCUGUUAUCGCCUCCUCCAACACCUUCUCAGACACCCGUUAUGUGGUCACCCCACACCCAACCUUUAUUUUCCCUGGCUAAUGUGUUGUCUAUGGCCAUGAGCAUGGCACAUUCCUUUAUGCCUGUCCCAAGCCUUACACAAACUAUACCCUCCAUGGUACAGCCCAUGCCAGGCUACCAACCUCAGAUGUCCCACCACAUACCUGCUCAACCAGGUUAUCCCGCUAUGUAUAUGCCCCAAUAUACCCCAUCUGUACCCGGGGAGGCGGCGUACACCCCAGGGAUGGUGGAGUAUUACCGAAUCAUGGAUUCCCACUUUGGGAUCCAAGACACUGUGAUGUCACCACCUUCCCAAGCUACUCCUACAUCAACUUCACCCAGUGACAUUCCCAUAUCCACCCAGCAGACAGCCUCUACUGUUUCUCAGGAGGGAAUGCUGAGAAGCUCUCAUAUAUAUGCACAAGAAUCCUCCAAGGAAUAUUCUCUGCCUCAUGGGUACAGUCCUGCAUUCCCCAGGCACUCGCUGGACCAGUGGACCAACCCCGGUUCUUCAUCUGGGCUGUCAUCUUCCCCUCGAGCAAGCCCAGAAUGCAGAGUGUCGUCAUCCAGUCCUAGAUCAUUAUCCCCCCUGGCAGCAACAGAGAGCACCAGAGGGUCUCAGCGCCAAGAAAUCUCUUCAGAAUCUGAGCCCAAGUCGAUUGUGACUGUGGGCCGUUUUCAAGUGUCCCCGAGUAAAGAGAUUCCCACUAUAGCCACAUACACAAAAUGUGAAAAUACACCUGUAAAAGCAUCAACCACAUCAGUCGCAACCCCAGACCACAUCAUCAGAUCACCCGAUCAGCCUGUGUCCUCUUUAUUAGCUCAUACGCAAAACCCAUCAGUGGAAAACAGUCAGAAGCUCUACCUUCUCCCUUCCUGUGACACUCUGCAUGAUUCUUUGAGUUCUGCUGACCAGAGCAGUCGAAAAGAGGACCAAAAAGGACAGAUGGAUGAGCAAGAACAACUUGAGGAUGAUAACGAUGAGAUCCCAUUGGAUAAGAAGCACAGGAGGAAGAAGGGACGCAGAGCAGAUUGUGGUCCAGGUCUCAUGGGGACAUCAGUGGACAGCGGGUUUUCUGUAGCUUUGGACACAGAGGGGAGGCUGUGGGAUGGCAACACGGGCAGCCCUCCGUAUCCUAAUCCUCUUCAUAACCUCUGGAUGAGCUACACACGGAGCUCCUCCUACCUGAGCAGUGACGAAUCGGAGAGUGAAGAUGAUGAGAUAUGGGGGGAGCUACAGGAGCUGAGGGAAAAGCAUCUCAGUGAGGUGCAAACUCUGCAGACAGUACAGAAACGAGAGAUAGAGGAACUGUAUGCCAAGAUGGGGAAGGUUCCUCCUCCUUGCAUUGUGUCUCCAGCCGCUAUGCUGUCUAGUCGCCAACGCCGACUUUCUAAAGGAGGAAUCUUCCCUUCAUCUCGCCGAAACAGCCUGCAGAGAGUGGACAUUCUCCCUUUAACAGGAAUCAUGAGAAAAAAUUCCUUGAGUGGCAACAGCAGCAGCAGCAGCAGUUCCCAGUAAGAACCCGUAGCUAGAUACAUUGGCAGGACUUUGUCAAACUACCUCAUUCGUUUGUGACUGCUCUUAUUCCACCUGCUAGAAGCGGAACAAUCUUUGGACAACCAGCCUUAGAGAAAUAGAGACUCACUUUCCUGAUCUAAAGCCUACAGGACCAAGCCACAGGCACUGCCCCUCUUGCAUCCAGGGACGGAUUAUGACUUGCAAAGGCCCUGGGGCCAAUUAUCUCCAACGGCCCCCCUCCACCCAAAAGUUGUUCACGCCCAAAAGUGUUUUCAAGUGGGGGGAUCACCAAACUAGAUCACGCAGCCUUAAAGCCAAGGGCACGCCCGGGCAGUCAAGGGCCCCCUGGUAGUCAAGGGCCCCUGGGCACUGACCCUGUUGGCCCGGUUGGUAAUCCGUCCCUGCUUGAAUCCAUCAGCCCUCAUAAUGAACUGCUCUGCUGUGUUGAGAGCCUCAUUAAACACAGUACAGCCAGUGCCCAGUGCAGAUUUAACAUCAGAGGCAAUCAGAUACUGAUGUAGAUGAGAUCUUCUCACAGGCUGAACUGGAAGAACCAAGAGAAAAUAUUUUACAGUUUGUAACAUCUGAUGUACAGUGUUUUAGUAUAAGAAGUAUUCUCUAAAUAUUAAUUACUGUGUGAUUUCCGCCUUUGGUGAUAUGUUUUCUACAUACUGAUGCUAGCGUAAAUGCCUCAGGAGCCGUUCACAUCGGAUGCGUUCAGAAACAGAUAGAUGGAGCAAAAAAAUCUGUCUAGAAUGCAAGGACGUAUUCUGUGUGAACGACCCCUUUGUCUGCUUAAUUUUGUGAAUAACCAAUCAUUUGGCAGAACUCUGCUGUUAUAUGAUGCUGUUGCUAUGGAAAAGUUAGUGAUGUAAGGUGACAUUGUGUGAUGUCUCCGUUUGAUCUCGCUAAUGGUUCAGGACUGACUGUGAUUCUCAACUGUCUCUUUUGCACUUUCUGAAAACGAACUUAAGGAAACAAACUGCUGAACAGGUGCACCUGAAACAACAGUCCACUUCUGGACAUUAGUUGUCCUGCUGUCUGUCUUCUACUGCCUGUGUUUGCGCUGUACACAAAAGUGUCUUUGCGAUGUGAACCAACAAAGUAAUCACAGCAAUCACCAUUUUUGUUUUCUACUUGACUUUUACUAUUACUUGUUGUACAGAAUUAUUGACUUUUUUUCAAAUCAGAGACUCUAAGGGUCUCUUUUACGACCAUAGUUAUAAUGUGAACAAAAAACAAUGGUGUAUUAAAAAAGAUAUUUAUAUAGAUUGAGGGUGGAUUGGUUAAAUACAUGUUAUUUUUGAAUUGUGUUAUUGAUUUAUACCAGCUUUGACAUUACUGUCUGUUUAGAUGAAGUGCCUCUUGAUUUUAAAGUGGCAACUGUUCAAUGCCUAUGCUUAUUUACAUUUAUCAGUUUCACUAUAAUUGACCUAUUACAGAGAUAUUAAUGUGUUUGAGCAAUGCAAGUUUCAGCCAUAGAUCAAAUUAAAGAGAAAUGUAAAACAUGUAUGCACACUGCACUUUGGCAUAUGGCUCAAAGUUUCAUUGAGGUGGUCAGUCAAUGAAAGGACUGUACAAGUCAUGAUGGAUUGACUAUUAAUAUUUAUAGAGGGCAGUCCAUUAAAGUGUGUUCUUUCUAUUCAGCGUCUUCAAUUAUACUCACCAAGUUGAGCCUAAAGAAAUGUUAAUGCUUUAAAUUUAUGCUUUACAAUGUACAUAUGUCAAGGAGGCUGAUUGCGCCCCCCUUUACAUGGCACCCCUGUGCGUUGCAUACCUUGCAUAUAUGGUUUUUGCACCUCUGUACAUAUGGUAAAAUCACUGUUGAUUUUCAGAUUCACUUAUAUGACAUUUCACAUAUUCUUAAAGUGCAAUUUCUGCAUGGACGGGACAGCUAAAGUUGUCUAGAAAACUAGUUUUUCUAUGUAGAUGCAUUGCAUCAGAAUGUAACACAAUCAUGUGUUGGGUUUCAAUUCAGGCAAACAUGCCAACAGCAUCAUGAACAGUUCUUUAAUCUGAUAACAUCCAUUAUAACUUCAUUCAAUACUGUGAAAUGUUUGAAUGCCUUUAUAUAUGCACAGUGAACAAACUUCUUAAAAAAUGAGCUACAAACACAGUGAUUGUGUCUCAGACUGAGGUGAAGAUACUUUAUGCUCUUUUAUAUUGAUCGCUUAAAUGUGCAAUGCAACACUCGCUUUGCCUUCUCUCUCUCGUGAUGAUUAUGUAUAAGGUCGUAGAUCAUAUUUGUACAUUAAACCAAUAAAUUUCAAUAAAGGUGACUGUUGUUGGUUUGAAUAUUCAUUUUGGACACUAUAAUAUUUAGGAAACACAUUUAUUGUUCUUAAAAAAUAAAGGCAAAUGAAAAUCUUUAAAAAUAAACAAAUUAGGUAACCAAUAAUUUAAAUGAUUAUGUGUCUUUGUCAGCAUCCCCAAUAAGGCUAAUGUUAAAUUAGGACCAUAGCUAGUGGGGUGAAAGGUGGUAAUGAUUAUAGGGGCCCACAUGUCCAGGAGGGGCCCACAACAAAUUCUAAAUUGUAUUUUUUAAUAGGAAACGGGCCCUGAGCAAUAUAGUCAGGGGACCCAGAAACCUUGCUACGGCCAUGUGUUAAAUUAUACAUAGCAUAUUGGGAGUGUGACAUUCCCUUUAAAUGUCUCCACACUAACGUUGUGGAAAACUGCAUAAUAACAUUGUUUAAUUAAGUUUGAAACACACAGAAACACGAUUUGACGGUAAAGAUGAGCAAGUGACUUAUCAAAGAUGAUUAUUUCUUCAUAUUCUAGUCAAAUUAAAUGUAUAAUCAUUGAUUGAAGAGUUUCGCGCCAAGCAGGAGACGGUGAAAUGGUCUCUGCGCCCUCUGCUGGCCGUCUGUUGAAUUGGUUUCAACUGUGUUGCCACUUUCGUCCCAAAGUCAUGUCCUGUCAUGUUCAGUGCAAAUGGUUCCCACAGCAGCUCAAACCCAUAUGAUAUGACAGC